AUGACAAACCAGCCGACAGCCAACCAGUCCAACACAAAAAAGGAGAAGGAGAAAGAAGAAAUCCCGCGAGAUGACAACACGGAUAUGGCAUACAAAGAUGCCGGCCACUGCAGCCGUAACACCCACAACCUGCUGCUGGGACUCACUGUCAUGGGUGUUGUCAUGGGAGCAGUCUUUGGGAUGCUGCUUCGGUACAUGAAGGUGACAGACAGCGCCGCCCUCACUAUGGUUUCCUUUCCUGGAGACAUCCUCAUGAGGAUGCUGAAGAUGCUCAUCCUGCCUCUAAUCAUCUCCAGCCUUAUCACAGGGCUCGCUGGUCUAGACGCCCGCUCCAGCGGCAGGAUGGGCAGCAGAGCCAUGGUGUACUACAUGUCCACCACUGUCAUCGCUGCCAUCCUGGGGGUUAUCCUGGUGUUGGGGAUCCACCCAGGGAACCCCAAACUGAGGGGAGGCUCCUCGACCUCGGUACCAAAGAACCAGGAGGUCAGCAGUCUGGACGCCUUCCUUGACCUGAUUAGAAACCUCUUCCCUGAGAACCUGGUGCAGGCCUGCUUCCAACAGGUUCAGACGGUGCUGAAAAAGGUGCCAGUCACAGCACCGAACCAAACCGAGCCCCUAUUAGUGAACAGAAAAAAGCUGGAAUACAAAUGGGGCAUGAACGUCCUCGGCUUGAUUGGCUUCUUCAUCACCUUUGGGAUCUGCAUGGGCAGGAUGGGCGAGCGGGGGAAGGUCAUGUGCGAGUUCUUCAACAUCCUCAAUGAAAUAAUCAUGACGAUGGUCUCCAUGAUCAUGUGGUACUCUCCUGUUGGAAUUGCCUCUCUGAUUGCCGGGAAGAUCGCAGCCAUCGGAGACCUGGAGGUGGUGGCCCGGCAGCUGGGCAUGUACAUGGUGACCGUCAUCGUGGGUCUGGUGAUCCACGGCGGCUUGAUCCUACCUGCUAUAUUCUUUGGAAUCACCCGAAAAAGCCCCUUUACGUUCUACUCUGGGAUCUUUCAGGCCUGGAUCACAGCUUUAGGCACUGCUAGCAGUGCUGGGACGCUGCCAGUCACCUUUCGCUGUCUGGAGGAAAAUCUGAAGGUUGAUAAGCGUGUGACUCGCUUCGUGCUGCCCAUUGGCGCCACCAUUAACAUGGACGGCACUGCGCUGUACGAGGCUGUGGCAGCCAUCUUUAUUGCCCAGAUGAACGACAUCACCCUGGAUGGUGGACAAAUCAUUACUGUGAGUAUGACUGCCACCCUGGCCAGUGUUGGCGCUGCCAGUAUUCCCAGUGCUGGACUGGUGACCAUGCUGCUGAUCCUAACUGCUGUUGGCCUGCCCACCCAGGACAUCAGCCUGCUGAUCGCUGUCGACUGGCUGCUUGACAGAAUGCGUACCUCCAUCAAUGUGGUGGGCGACUCAUUCGGUGCCGGCAUCGUGGAUCACUUGUCUCGGGCGGAGCUCGCUGAACUUGACGCCGCAGAAAUGCAAAUGCUCCCGCCAGAGGAGGAGCUCGAUUUCAUCCCCCCACCGCCGAUCCUCACAGAGAUGGACCUGGCUGACCCCCUCAAACCGCCCGACCUGCCACCUCGCUCCCCUCGUCCACCCAAACAAAACCACCACGGCCACAUUUUCUCCCAGUCCCACUCCAUCACUUACUCACCGUCUCGUUCUGCCCGAUCUCCGUCACCACCCUCCAUUCGCUCACCCUCUCCGCGCUCCGUCUGCUCCCAUUCCCCUCGGCCUUUCCGCACUCAUUCACCACGCCUCCUCCGCAGGACGGAGCCGGGAUAUUGCGCCCUGCCCAGCUGUGAUAACCAGAUUCCCACAAUGCCUCGCUCCUACAGAGAGAGAGGCAGAGAGCGAGAGAGAGACCGGGACCGGGAACGAGAGCGACUGAGGCGAGAGAGCGAGACCGAGGAGGAGGAGGAGAGAGACAGGGUUUUGUGUGAAAUGAGUGAUGGUGAGGAGAGUGAUGACACUGCGUACGAUCGGAGGCACGCCGUCCCGCCGAGUGACCUGCCGUGAUCGGAUUUUCCCAACAGAAAGCUUCACGGUCGAUUUGUUUCAGUCUCAUGACAGAUUUUCCCUCUUUCAGCUUUACUGUUUAGCAAGAUCUCAGUGGAGGUCCACAGUGGAUUUCCAGCUGGUCACACUGCUCAUCUUUGAUCAGUGAACUUGACAUGUAUAGAUUUGAAAGUAUUGCGAUGACAACAUCCUGUAGCUUUACUGAGAAGGGCCCUUAAAACCAGGCCUCAGACUUUUGCUUUGUCUCAGGCCAAAGCAAAAGUCUCUUUUUGAUGCAGAAGUUAGCUGAAAGAGUUGUUUUUCUCCUCAUCUCCGUUGC